UGUUGUUUUACCGAUGGGUCAUUCAAAUUGGAAAGUUAGUAUAUUGGCAAAAAAUUCCUCGCUUCAAGGCAGCAGCUCUUCUCGUUGAACUACAUGGAGUCUUUCUUUCCUAUCUUACCCAUAAACUUCUGGAGACGCUCCCAACUUGUUGCUUUAAGCAUAGUAGUUCAUUAAAACCCAAUUGUACGUUAGCAUCAAAGGUUUCAUUUGUAAAUAUUUGUUACUGAAUACGAAGACUGAAUUAUUAACCAUUUAAUAAUAGAGAAUAAUGUUCCCAAUUUGGGCAGUGAUAAUUAUUGCUGUCAUUGUUGUUAUUUUACUUAUUGCCGGUAUUCUCUGCCUGAAGCGACGUAAGACUAGAUCACUGUCUGUCAAUACGUUAAAUAAAUUAGCUGGUGAGGACGAUAUCGAAAAGAAAACCAUCUUCACGGAAUCCAAUCAAUCCGUCAUUGUUUCUGAAAAGGUGCAUAAACAACCGCAACAACGACUCGUUCAACAACAAUCGACAAUUACAAAUGCUUCCACCGUUAUUGCUGCUACAGUACCAACAGCCGUGGUGUCCCAGUUAUCAAAGUCUAAUAUUGCCAACAAUGAUACAUCCAAUAAUAGCGAUAUUGAAAGCUCUUCCGAAGAACCGAUAAUAGCAGAUAGCAUAGAAGAGAAUAAGGUCAAUGAAUACCGACAUUAUGACGAAGAGGAUGCUGAAGUGCAUAUGGCUCCCGAUCCUCCUCAGGAGAUUAUCAUAUCGUUACCCUUGCCACCUCCUUCCACAUCUUUCUUUUCUGACAAAAUGGAGCUAGGUGACGCCUCUCAUGAUGAGAAUGAAAGCGGCACUGCAAAUGAAGACCUUUAUGCGCUCUAUAGCAAAUUAUUAAAUAAGGAUGCUAAAAGAAAUUCUUACUUACAACAAAAAGCAGCAACCAUCAAAUCUACUUUAAGAAAGCAAUCUUUAAGAUUACAGCCACAUAAAUCAACUGCACAUUUUAGAAGUUCUCUUCAGAAUAUUUUUGCCUCAAACACGAGUUCGGAUGCGCCUUCCGAUGGCAGACCGUUAGUGACAGAUACUUGUACAAGGAAAACAGAAAGCAACGCUAAUAAAAAACAACCAGAACCGAAGGUGCAGACCUUGAGCGAUUCUACUAAAGUAAUCAUUAAUAUGGCACCCAGUGCACAUUCAGCAAGUGCAUUUGAAGGGCAACCAUCACCAAUAAAUGUUGCAGCUGCACCGGAGGUUAUUGCCACUGACGAAGCUACCCCUAAUUUCUUGAACGAAAAUACUCGUCUUCAGGAGGACGAACGGUUUCCUACAGCUGCUCGUAAUUCCGCUAUGAGAGUUAUCAGGUCCGCAUCCAUAAAAGCCAAAACGCGAUCCAUGAUUAUUGACAAGUCCAAGUUGAGCGCUCUGGAUUUUGUAGAAGAUGAGAACGACAGUAGAAAUAAAGUUCUGAGACAAAAUUCAAUGACCCAAUUCACAACCACAACGCCAACAAGAAAGAAAGGAGAAUUUAUGACGAUCACAUCAGGUUCAGUUCGUCGAUUAGUGCGUGACAGCGUUGUCACUCAAAAGAGUGAACCGGCCUUUGCAUUUACAGCUCGCGAAAAACCGGAGAGAAAAUCAAUGAAUGUAAUGGAUAUUGCCGGUUAUUGGGACAAUCAUCACAAGAAACAACAAGCUUCUUUGCAGCAGCGCAGCUCAAGUUUGGAUUACUCAACCGCCAUUCAACAGCAACACCUCCAACAACAAGCUGAUCGGAACAGUGUAGAUGACGAUCAUACAGUCAGCAAUAAAGCCCAUGGUUCGCAUUACAAAGCUUCCCUAUCAAAUUCCGUAUUUGAUACUCUGUCAAAAGGAAAAUUCAAUCCUGCAGUAGCAGCAACUCAUGCUCUGCCAGAUGAACCUAAAAACGAUAAUAAAACCAGCACUACAAGUGGCAGACUCUUGGCUAGACAUGGGUCUUUGAAAAAAGGUGCAACAUUGAGUAGAAACACUCUCAAAUUUAUCAAAAAUAGCGCUACUCAAGGUGUGAAUCGAUCACUCAAAGGGUUGUUCGAUACCAAUACAGCAGAUAACCUUUCAACCACUACAACUACUUCUUCAUUUUCUCCAAAGCCUGAUGAUAGUCAAAAAAUGGAGCUUACGCCUUCAGAAUCAGAAUCAGCUUUGACAGAUAUACAGACAGUAGCCAAAGAGAAGGUAAUGCUUGUAAAAAGUCAGCAACAGCAGGUACUAGAUCCUGUGUAUCAUAGUCGAACAAAUACGCAAGAAACCGAUUUUUCUUCGAAUAAACUUGCAUUGGGAGAAGGUGGAGACGUUAAUACACCAGAUGAAUCAUCCAAAAAAACAGCGAUUGAUGAUGACGAAGAUCAAAUUGAUGUUAUGUACGCUAGUCGAGAUUCUUCAUACUAUUUCGGCGUAACAGAAGAGGAGGUUUUAGAUUUAGCUGUAGCUGACAACAGAUCAUCAGCGCAACAACUAUCUUAUCAAAACAUAUCUGAAGCGAUGCAGGACACAGCAGAUGUUAAUACUACAACUGCCAAUAGCACUGGAGAGGUAGAAGAUAUUCGUCGGAUGUUGCAGGAGACAUGGUUAAAAAACAUACGAGAGAGUGGCUCAAGUUACAGUAUGUUAUCAGAAGCAACGACAUCGGCCGGUAACAACAAUGUGCCUACAUCACCUUAAAACGCGCUUCUUUACUAGCAGCCACUACUAGCCAACAACAGCAACAAGACAAUGAGGAGCAUCUUAAUCUACAACAGCAGCAGCACCAGGAGGGUCCUGAGCCUUCAGCUUCUUUUUCGUCAUCUACUGUACGCACUGUAAUACCGGAGAAUGAACAGCAGAAUGCAUCAACAACAAAGGCAUAGUCAUAUGGCUAGCACAUUUACUCA